AUGGCUGCCACCACCAGCAGCAUCCGCCAGUUCUCAACCUCCGGCUCCGUCAAGGGCCUAUGUGUGCCGGGUGGGGGUUUCUCUAGGGUGUCUUCUGUUCGUGUUGGGGGCGCCUGCCGGGCCCCCAGCCUCCUGGGAGCCGGCAGCUGUGGCAACAUGUCGGUCACGUCAUCCCGCUUCUCGGCCGGCUUGGGGGGCAGCUUCGGUGGGGGCUACACCUGCAGCCUGGGCGGGGGCUUCGGCUCCAGCCUGGGCGGGGGCUUCGGCUCCAGCCUCGGGGCCGCGGACGCCCUGCUGGGGGGCAGCGAGAAGGAGACCAUGCAGAACCUCAACGACCGGCUGGCCUCGUACCUGGACAAGGUGCGCGCCCUGGAGGAGGCCAAUGCUGACCUGGAGGUGAAGAUCCGAGACUGGUACCAGAAGCAGGGGCCCGGGCCUGCCCGCGACUACAGCCACUACUUCAAGACCAUCGAGGACCUGCGGGGCAAGAUCCUGGCGGCCACCAUUGACAAUGCCAGCUUGGUGCUGCAGAUCGACAAUGCCCGACUGGCAGCAGAUGACUUCCGCACCAAGUACGAGACUGAGCUGAACCUGCGCAUGAGCGUGGAGGCCGACAUCAACGGCCUGCGCAGGGUGCUGGACGAGCUGACCCUGGCCAGGGCCGACCUGGAGAUGCAGAUCGAGAGCCUCAAGGAGGAGCUGGCCUACCUGCGGAAGAACCACGAGGAGGAAAUGAACGCUCUGAGAGGCCAGGUGGGUGGUGAUGUCAACGUGGAGAUGGAUGCCGCCCCCGGCGUAGACCUGAGCCGCAUCCUGAAUGAGAUGCGUGACCAGUACGAGAAGAUGGCGGAGAAGAACCGCAAGGACGCGGAGGACUGGUUCUUCAGCAAGACAGAGGAGCUGAACCGUGAGGUGGCCACCAACACGGAGGCCCUGCAGAGCAGCAGGACUGAGAUCACGGAGCUCCGCCGCUCCGUGCAGAACCUGGAGAUCGAGCUGCAGUCCCAGCUCAGCAUGAAAGCAUCGCUGGAGGGCAGCCUGGCCGAGACCGAGGCCCGCUACGGGGCCCAGCUGGCCCAGUUGCAGGGGCUCAUCAGCAGCAUUGAGCAGCAGCUGUGUGAGCUCCGCUGUGACAUGGAGCGUCAGAACAAUGAGUACCAGGUGCUGCUGGACGUGAAGACGCGGCUGGAGCAGGAGAUCGCCACCUACCGCCGCCUGCUGGAGGGCGAGGACGCCCACCUGGCCACCCAGUACUCCUCUUCCCUGAUCUCACAGCCUACUAGGGAAGCCACAGUGACCACCCGUCAGGUGCGCACCAUCAUGGAGGAAGUCCAGGACGGCAAGGUGGUCUCCUCCCGCGAGCAGGUCCACCGCUCCACCCACUGAGGCCCCUUUCCACCUGUGACAGCCCAGCCUCGAGGGUCACGGGGCAGCCCUCACCUUGGGCUCCCAGCAUGCUAGUGCCGCACCGAGUGCCCAUCUGGGCCACCAGCCAAGAGCUGUUGCUUUUCUGUAUCUGUUUCCCGCAGCUCCUCUCUGAGGGCCCUCCUAGGAUGGCCCCAGUGUCUGCUAUUAAAGCUUUGCCUAAAGUUCAA